CUCCUGUGUGCUUGCUGUGGCGACAUGGAGUUUUGCUCUGCGCGGCGAGCAAUACUGCAGCUGUUCCGUACCGUGGCUCCGGCAGACCGCCCGGCGCUGCUCCAGUGGAUGCAAACUACCCGAGAUUUUGAUGAAUUCACUGAAGAUAAUAAUGACAUUAUAUUGAAAAACAUAGCAGACGACCUUCGGAAUUGCUUACCUCUAGAAACCAUGCUUUCCUCAGAACAUCUAGCCCUUCAAAAAAUACAGCAGCAGCCAGAACCCACUGUUCACGUUGAUGCAUUCCUUUAUGAUGAAGACUUAAUUGAUUCAUUAUGUGAGGAAGGAAAAAUGAGCAGAAACUACUGUAUGAUGUGUGGUUCACACCAAAUAGCACCUUUAGGAUUUAUUUCUCAUUCCUUCUCUCUCAUGGAAUUGAAGUUCAUUUAUCAUCAUGUACUCCCUGAUCUGUCGGGAAAGGUCUUGGUUGACGUUGGCUCCAGGCUUGGCACAGUCCUUUAUGGGGGUUAUCUUUACAGUUCAGCAGUGCAACUGUAUGGUGUAGAAUUAAAUGGAGACUUUUGCCAGUUGCAAGAAAUGGUCAUAAAAAAAUACCAGUUCACUGACAGAAUAAAGGUGCUUCAUGCAGACAUCUGUUCCCAAGGUUCACUUCUGCAAAAUGCCGAUAUUGUUAUAAUGAAUAAUGUCUUCGAGUAUUUUCUUAAUGAGGCAGAACAGGCCAGAGCCUGGGAGUAUAUCAGCCAUAAUGUAAAGAAGCAAGGAUCUUUAUUAGUGACAGUACCAAGUCUUGAAGAUUCUCUCUCAGGUCUUCAGACUAAUAUACAGUUAUUUCCCUGGGUUGAAGAGAUACCACUGAACUACGAUGUAUACCCACAGAAGGAUAUCGACAGAGGAGCUCUUGAACAAAUUCAUUUAUAUAAGAUUCUCUAGCACUAAAAUAGUUGUAAUGUUUUGUUGAAUACAUAAAAUAAUGAAAAAGAAACAUAACCCUGAUUACUAACACAGGUUUUUCUGUAUACUCCCUUCCAGUCUUUGUACAUGUGAUUACAUAUUUGUAAACAGUUGUGUGUGUGUGUAUAAAACUUUGUUCUGCUUUGUAUAAUAUAAU